AUGCCCGCGCUCAAUCCCCAUGAAAGCUUCCAGGCCUCCUGGCAAGCUGGAACGAUCACGAUGACAAUUCUUGCGGUACUCUUCGUGAUCUUACGGUUUCUGGCACGGUGGAAGAAGUCGUUGAAGCCAGGAUGGGACGACUAUUUGAUCGUCGUGGCUUUGGUACCGUUCUUUGCCCUCGUCGGGGUAAUGCUAACCUCGGUCCAUUACGGCAUGGGUUUACAUUCGGAGAUUCUACCCCCGGAGAAUACGAUGAUGAUUGCAAAGCUCCUGGUGGUCUUUGAGUGUUUCUAUGUCACAACGAUUGCAGUGACCAAGGCUUCCAUCCUGCUCAUGUAUAGCCGCAUCUUCCCCACACGAGAGAUCAAGAUUGCCUGUAUCGUUCUGGGUAGUCUAUCUGUCGCGUGGGCCAUCGCUAUUAUCCUCGUGAGCAUUUUCCAAUGCACUCCGAUUGCCCGAGCCUGGGACGUCAGUAUUCCCGGCCACUGCAUCGACCUCAAAGGCUCCUUUAUUGGCAACGCGGUACCCAACGUUGUCACUGAUAUCCUUAUGCUUUGCCUGCCGGUGCGGGUGGUAUGGAGACUGCACGCAAGCCUCACCCAUCGACUAUCCGUGAUUGCAAUCUUUAUGCUGGGUAGUUUUGUGAUCUUUACCAGUGUGUAUCGCUUUAGCACUCUGUUCGAUUUCAACGUGGCGGACAUCGCCUGGACACUCGGUAAAUCCUGCACCUGGUGUGUCGUCGAGGUCUCAACGGGAAUUAUCUGCGCUUGCAUGCCAACAUUGCGGCCCUUGUUCAUGAUGAUUUCAUCCAAAUUUUCCAGCCGGUCUGGAACCCAAAAAUCUCGGACAGAUGUCCAGCAAUCCAAGGGGUAUGAGUUGGAUAAUUCUGCCUUACGACCGGCAGAUGAGCCACGCAAUAAGACCAAGACGCAUCUGGAUGUGUCCAACGCCGACGACAUGUCGGACGAAGUGCCUUUGAAUUCCAUUCGGGUUCAGCGGGAUAUGACAUGGCAAGAAUCGAGUGAUUCCUUGCGACAGUAUUAUAAAUAG